AUGCCGCACAGGAGCAUGCAAGGGAUGAAAGAGAAAGACGCAAGCGAAGAAGAGAGGAGACUGAGGAGAGAGAGAGAGAUAAAAGAAGUUGUGCGUCAAAACAUGCAUGACAACAGAGUAAGACAGGCAAGGUUGAAAAGACCAAUGCAUCAAGAUGCGGACCAAAUCAUGAGCGGAGAAAUACUUAGAGAAUUAGCAGAGAUGAGAGAAAUGAUGACGACGCGAAGAGAUGGUGGUAGGCGACAACUAGAUGAAGCAAUAGAGGAAGCGGGAAAAGCACCGUUUGCAAGGCAGAUACAACUCGCAGUAAUACCACCUAAAUGCAACCUACCUGUAGUUACUAAUAUCUUUGAUGGAAGCACAUGUGCAGUACAACAUAUAAGGGCAUAUAACCGGUCUUUAUUACAGUGGGAAAAAAAUGAUGCGGUGUUAUGUAAAAUUUUCCCUGCGAGCCUGACAGUGGAAGCCUUGCAAUGGUUUGAAGGAUUUCCAGUAGGAACCAUUCGAUCAUUUCAUCACUUACAAAACAUCUUCUUAGGACAAUACAUCAUCAAUAAUAUGCUAAGACCAGAUUUAUCGUAUACACAGAUCUUCAGGAUAAAAGAUACAAUAACUAUGGCGGAGUUACGCGAGUUUCAAGAAGAAUACAUAGCUCUCGAAGAAAAACAAAGAGAAAUGGAGUCUUACCCAGUUACGAUACCAAACACAAAUGAGGGGAAUGCUAGCUUACUUCCAAGGACAACAAACGCUGUUGCAAGUACAUCCCAAGGGAGUCACGGAAAUAAAGUAAUGGAAGAAGGGAAAAAGCUAGUAGCCAUGGGUUGUAGGGAUCAAGAAGAGUUUGAAAGAGAAUACCAAGAGAAGCAGUUCAACAAUCGUGGAGGAAAUAAUAAGAUUAAAAGGAUUUAUAACCAUCCAGAAGGUUAUGGAGGGAAAAUUCAAUAUUACAACCAAGGACCAGGAGGUAGCAAAGUGGUUUGGGAGCAGAUAAAGAUGCCGCAUCUAAACACCGCGAUAGACAAAAUCUGGGAAGCUAUAAUCUUAAUGGAAGACAUUCCUAAGCUACCAAAUGUGGGAAAUGAACCACCACCAGGGAGGAGAAGUAGAGAAUUUUGUGCCUAUCACCUUUUCCAUUCACACAACAAACAACUGUAG